CCACAUUCUACACUAACAACGAGUAUGAAGUUAUAACAAGAAAAAAGGUCAACAUCCAGUCAUUAGUCGAAGCUCCAAGUCUGUACAUUGUGGCAAGGCCCUCGUCCUCCGAUGAAGAUCAGUUGUGCUAUGUGGAAACCAGACUUGAAUGUUUGGAUGAACUCCCUGAUCCCACAGUAUAUCAGCUUCUGGUAUACCAAUUGUGGACAAGAUGAGGUUUUUUCAUGGUGGUAGUCCUUCUCAUCAAUACAAAGCUGGCCAACAAAAGUGGGAAAUUUCUACUGUGCUGUAUGUGGUGCCAAUGCCCACCGGGUGCAUGAACUUGAUUAUGUAUUUUGUUGCCCACAUAUAUCACUGGAAGAUUGACAGCAAUUGGUUUUGAAAGGUCGACUUGGUAAAGCUCUGGCAAUGUCAAACAAACCAUUUCAUGGACUAACAAAAACCAAUUUGGUAUGCGAAUUAAAUGCUAGGACAAUCUACGGAGGAGAUAAGAUGAAAGAGUCUAAGAUCUGCUAAAGGAGGUGUUGUGUGGAGUGCAAAGAGUACCAGCCCAUCUAUUUACCAGUCCCAACAUAACCUUAGAAUCGAUUUACUGUGCUGGUUAUGAAGUUCUAGGUUUUGAACCUCUCCAAGACAUUGGGAAGCACAUCAAAAAUCUAUUUGGUGAACUACUAGACCACCUAUCAUCAAGAUGAGGCUUCUAAACUGAAGGCUGUUUUUGAAUUGUGUAUUGUGAAAGACACAAAGCGAACUAUUGAUCAGCACUGUGCUUUGAUUGUGGUUUCAAAUCAGCUUGGAGGCUCAGUUAAUCAAAUAGUUCAAUUGUUGCUUGACACCCUUGUUGAAAUUCAACUAUAUACAAUAGCCUACAGUUCAGAAGCUCAGAUAACAGCACAAUCAGUUCUGAGAGUGAUUGGAUUUUCCUUGAAGCAAAUGACAACUCGAAAGUAACUACUUCCACAACAUUACAGUACAUUACCAAUCCAAAACAGACUGAUAAGUGGCGUAUCAACAAACAUUGAAGAACAGGAAUGAGUAUUUAACACAGCAUGAACAAAAUAACGCAAAUGACAUCUUCUAACCACCCAGAUCAUAUCAUUGGCAACUUUUUUGUCCCCGAGUCCAGGCUGAGAAAGAAUUCAAGGCCAGUCAACAACCUAUGAUAUGCAUAGGAUAUCUUAUUUACACUAGCUAGUGCAUCUAAUUAUUUUGCAAUUCAAAAAUUUGACACCCUGAUUGCAGACUCGGGAUAUUCCCGUGAAAUGAGAAGAUUCGUAUAUUUUCUAUUUCUUAAACAGGGAACUUAAACAUCAAGUUAAACCUAUUCCAAAUAUGUUUUUAAACUAUUCAAAUGAUGAAAGUUAUUGUUGUUUUUAAGCGUGUAUUAGCUAGUGGGAACUACCAACAUGGCCGCCAUCUAUUCAAAUGGGGGUAACCACUGGAAUAUUCUUGGCUUCAAUUUUACUAAAUGGGAUGCGCUAUCUAGUGGAUAUAAGAUAUCUGUGCUGAUAUGCAACAAGCUCAUGUUUCCAAGCUUGAAUCUUCUCUGCCAGAUUUUGGAAACACAGUUAUCCCUAAGCAGAUGCUAGUAAGCAAUUACAGACCUUGGCAAGCUCAUCUUGAAAGGAUCUGUGAUUUCUUAUUAGCACUAGCAGGUGAAGGAAUUUGGUGGAGAACAUGUGAGAAUGGAGACAUUGAGUUUUUUUUUUAUGGAAAGGGAAAUUAUGAAGUAGUUCCUCAAGGACCAACCUUGCACCACACUUUCCCUCCAGCAACUUCAAGAAAGAGGAGGCUUACUUGAAACAUGUUUGGAGAGAAAAGUACAAUUGUCAAUCAAAGUGCUUCAGAUUGAAAAUUCUGAGGGUAACCUGGUAUUUGUGAACACUGCAGGAGUGGAUAGUACAAACCAGCAGGGAGGAUGACAAAGAAUUUGGUUUUGGAGGACAUUGCACUGAUCAGUGUAAUGACCUGGAAGGCCAGUGAUGUUGUUGGAUAUUGAGGAAAGUUGUACAUCAGGAAGUGAGGAUGUUGGUGUUGUGGAUGAGAGUCUGGCUAGUAAUGAUACUAUGGUGGGUAGUGAGACAAUGGUUGGUUGUGAAAUGUCGUGGUGGGUAGAGACAGCAGUUGGUUGGGAGGAUGUUGAGGUGGGUAGUGAGACAUUGGUUGGGUGUGAAGAUGUUGGUAUUGAGACAGAGGUUGGUUGUGAUGUUGUGCAAACUGGUGGCAUUGAAACUUGUAGCAGUGACCAUGAAGUCAUUCAACAUAAUGCAAUGAUAGUGGAGGUUAUUGAAGAUAUUGCUCACGAAAAACAGAUUGAAGAAUUUAACUGAAGCUGAAUUAUGGACGAAGGUACUUGCACUGACAUUGAUAUAUUUAUAUUGACACAUUACCUGGAAAUAACCUUCAAUAAGGGCUGAUUAACAUACCAACUCAAUCUGAUAAUCAGGCAUGAGUAUGUGGUGAUGCACCUGUUUAUAGUUAAACAUAUUUAGAUGUGUCUAUUUUAGGAACACAGUUGAAAAACAAAACUGACACAAAACAAGGACAAAACCUGGCCUAUAUCUUGGGACUGAGGAGGUAUCACAGUUUGACAAGGCGAGAAAGAGAUUGAGGACAUCACCCAACAAUAGUUAUUAUCUAAUAAAAGAAUACUUACAUAUCUUACCAGUCAUGGAAACCAAGAUAUCACAGAACUGUGCACAAUCAAACAACAGCUAAUGAGAGCAGCAACAUUUCGAUAAGCUGCGAAAUUACUAACAUCAAAAACCUUGCUAAAAAAUCCAACUUCACAACUUAUGGAGAAACUUAAAUACUGCAAAGCCCUAGUGGGUCAGUGGAAACUGGAGAAAAAAAUGAAAUUAUAAUAUUUGGUGGCCCUUUUUAUAAAGAAUUAUAAACGGAAUGUGAUGAUACUGCUCACUUUUCAAUUAACUUUUUAAACACAUACACAUUGCAAAUAAUAGUUUUUCUGUGUUAGUUUUUCUGUGUUAGUAUUUCUUCCUGCAUUUGUAAGGUUACAGAAUGCGGACUGUUGUUUAAUGUCCUGUAAAAACACUUCCAAAACAGAGCUAAAACGUUUGAUAUUAGUCUUAUUGUAAACACAGGGUUUAUUUGAAGAAAAAUUUAUAACUGCACACAUGUAGGGAAGUUACGAAGACAACCGGGUGUUUGACUGGGGGGGGGGGGUCGAAGGAUUUUUUACCUGCAUAAAAGGUGACACAAUAUUGGUGUGGUUGGGUGGAAGAAUUGGAGAAAGGCCAGACAAACUCGAAACAAUUUGAAUCUAGAGGCUCUUAUGUUCUGGCAAAGAUUUGUUUUACCCAACCACUCACAAAAACUGUUUCAAAACAUGCAACUGGGAAUCAUGAAUACAAUAUAUAAUAAAAGCAAAGAAUAUUAGGUUUUCCCACUCUAAUCUCUUUUGGGGGCUCACCCCAAUUUUACCUUCUUUUCCAUUACCCCAGCACGUAAGUGAUUUGUGAGGAAAAAAGGAGGGUCUGGAGUCCUCCCCCAGAAAACGUUUAUAUUUUUGAUGCUCAAUUAAUGACAGCAUUUCUUGAAUUUUUUGCAGCAUCCACAAUGGUAAUGAGUAAAUGUUUUAAUUAAGGCUAUUAUUGCUAGUUUGCUGACUGCACAAUUGUGUUUUAAGAACUGCACAAUUGUGUUUUAAGAACUGCACAAAUGGGUUUAGAAUUGCACAUUUUGUGUAGAACUUACGGCGGCCCAUAAGGGACACCAAACCCCAGGUUUUUGUUUGGCAAACGCACAAGUUAUUUUCAAUUCCUCAGCUUUUAUUUUUAACGCCCCAGGUCUUAUUACGAAAUACUCAGGCUUUUAUUAAAUCCCAGGUUUUCAUUUUUAAAACCCCAGGUUUUUAUUUUUUUAAACCCCAGUUUGUUAUUUUUUAUAACCCCAGGUUUUCAUUUUCAAAACCCCAGGUUUUUAUUUUCAAAACCCCAGGUUUUUAUUUUUAAAACCCCAGGUUUUUGUUUUUUAAAACCCCCCAGGUUUUUAUUUUUAAAACCCCAGGUUUUCAUUUUUAAAACCCCAGGUUUUUAUUUUGUAAAACCGCAGGUUUUUAUUUUUCAAAACCCCAGGUUUUUAUUUUUCAAAACCCCAGGUUUUUAUUUUUCAAAACCCCAGGUUUUCAUUUUUAAAACCCCAGCUAGGUUUUUGUUUUUUGAAACCCCAGGUUUUUAUUUUUUAAACCCCAGGUUUGUAUUUUUAACCCCCCGGGUUCUUAUUUAAAAUCAAGUUUUGUUGAUCAAGUAAAAUCAUGAAAUUUCAUGUUUCUAGCGCGCCAAAAUAUUCCGCUGAGCAAAAACGUAUUGUUGCAGGCGCUUUAUAAACUAUUUUUCGAAACGUUCAAUAUGGAGCAGUCUACAGAAAGUUUACAGGAGGUGAGUGUGACUUUUUUACAUAUUAUGCAUCAACAGAAAUACAAAAGAAAAUUUACAUCUGAGAUUUAAAUAAAUAAAUUAUUCACAGUCGUUGUUUGCCCGCUCAACAUAAACAAUAUAUGGUCAUGGAGGACAAGGAAAAUUUGUGCUUUCUCUUUUAAUAUACUCCUUUGUUUACAAAUCUCACAACUCUCCAUGCUCUCCAGUCUCUUAUGUUCUCAACUGCAUGUAUAACUAUUAAACUGCAAAGAGCCUAUUUAUUGUUUUAUAACAGUUAGCUGUUAAGAUUCAAAGUCAAUCAAGCCUUUUGACUUUGCUUUGAAUGCUUUCUUGACAAUGACAGGCAUCACAAAGAAAAGUUAAAAAUUUUUAAAUGUUUAAUCAUGCACAAACUAAAUUUAUUUACAUUUUAACAAGAGGUAUUUUAACUACGACAGGUAUUCCAAAGCAAGAUGAUAAAAAAUAUAAUAAAUGCCCCCCUGCAGGCAUUCAUGCUGUGUUUGUGGCCACACACCUCUGGCCACACAGUAAAGUUAUUGUUUAUUUUGGCACUGAUCAAUUGUGAAAGGUCAUGUUUUUUCAUGUUAUAAUACCCUACCAUUUGAGUGUGCCAGUGCUCUGCCCUUGACAAGCAAAAUUGUCUGGCAUUAAACAAACUAAAAUAGUAUGUGCUGUGCCUUCCCCCAAUCCGUCACUCAAUCCAAUUGUACCUCUUGGUAUCAGUGCUGCUGGUGGGGGGCGGAGGCAGGGGCAUUUCCCCCCAGGCCUCUGAUCCGUAAAGCAAGGAUAUAAAUCCAAGCUGACAGUCAGUGGCAGAUGAUAUCUAAUAAAGUGCAAAAUAUUGCACAACACUAUGUUUCCUGUUUUACAAUUAUUGAAGUAUGACACCAUAGCUGGGGCCUCUCCUGUGCAACCUCUCGGCAGGCUUUUAGCCAGAAGGGCAUCCGGGCAUCCUUGGAUGCCCCUAGAACGAAAAAUGGACGCCUUUGGACGCCCAAAUUCCAGGGGAAAAGGGAAAUUAUUUUCAAUGAUUUCCCUAAGUAUAUCAAUAUAUCUGAAGCGAAAUAGCUACAAUUCUCACUAUUAUUAUACACUUGACAUUUUGAUAAAUUUGAUGUUGUACUUGGCUGAAUGAAAAUGUCGUAGUUAAGUAGAGAAGGCAUAGCGGCACAAACUCACAAAGCCAAGUGUUUUGAAAAAUUUCUAACGAGCCCUAUACCGAACUCAUCACACACGUAGUAUACUAUAAUAUUUUAAUCCAAAAAUCCAAAAAUAAAACUUACAAAACUAAAAUAUAUUAAAUGUUUCACAGUCUCACAUUAUUUCUCCCAGUCUCAACUAAUUGCUCUUUCUUCAAAAUGUCAAUCUUGCUAAAAUUAGCUAUUACUUGUUUUUAAAAGUCCCCACCCCUUUUCACGCCACCUAAUGUGGCCUAUACUAAAGUUCCGGUUCAAACCCUCAUCUGUUGUGAACGGCUCCCUGCAAGAUAUUUUGUCAUAGUAUUGAGACCUGCUUUAUUAUUCAGUAAAUCUUUACUAUUCAAUAUCGUUUUUUACAAGUGCUAAAUUUCUUGAAAAAGCUCCAAGCAUCCACAGAAGUAUUGGAUCAGUUUAAAAAAAACAAGGUUUGCAAGUUUUGCAAUAAAAAUAUUCAAUGUAAUUCUUUAUAACAGAAAUGUGCAAUGCACAGUUAUUAUGUACCUUUUGCACAACUUUACUACCACGGAAAUGUACAGUUUUCAGCAAUAUAACACUUAAUAUAAUUCAUCCAUUAUUAGUGCAAAUAGAAUUGAUGAUGCACUAUGCGCCAUUAGCGACCAAAUAGCCUCCCUGCUGACAGAGUUUUCUAUUUGUGCAGGAAAUUAAUUAGCGAAUGAGAAUUAAGAGACCUCUGCCUAGAUCUGACAUGUUUUCUGUCGCACAUGUGCAAAAAUUGCCAUGACAAUGAGUGAUGUUCACCAUGUGAUAUCAAACCGGUUUUUGUGGGAGCAACUUGGUAAAUCAAAGAUUUACCGUACCUCAGUUUGAAAGCAAACAAAUGUAUCUCGGCCCGAUAAAACAGAAAAGAUUGCUUUCUUUUGUUUUUCUGUCACUGCUUUCACAGUUUCAUAUUUGAAAAUAUAAAUUGCAGAACUUAGAGCACUUUCAAACAACAUGAAAAACCUUGAAAUGACCACGCUGGGCAAGCCACCAUCUCACGGUGGUCAGUUACUAGGAUAUUUUCCUCCUUUCCGGCGGCACAGCAGGCAAUUAGUUCCCAAUUCCCUAUCAUGCGAAUUUCGCGCGGUUUUAAAUGCCCCCAAUUUGAAGCAAUAUAGUUUUGCUUUAUUAUCGUUCCAAAUAAAUAUUUUAAUGAAUAUGAAUAAAUGAAUCUUCUCCACACAAUAAUAUCAAACUAGAAAUUCAAUUGCGUUAAAAUAGUUUGCGUAAUAUGUGCUCAAGUUCACCUCGCUUCUCCGAGCAUUAUCUUAUUUACACUAGCUCAUGGUUGACUAAAUCCUACCGUCAUGGGUCCCCUGAGUAAGGUAUUGGUUAUAUACACCCCCCUAUUUUAAACUCCCCCCUGAAUCUUUGUUUUGGGUGCGCUAUUGAGCAAGAAAGGCGAAAAUUGCAUAUAAAUCGGAAAUAAUGUAAAGAAAUCCUUUUGUUAAAAUAAACGUUUGAAAAUAUUUUAAAAUUGAAAAGAAAGAUCUUUGAUAUGUUAACAUAUAUGAAUGGAUAGCCAAGCUAAAGAGAGGUAAGAAAGUAUCCUGUAAAUCGCUUUAUUGUUCCAUUUCAUAAGCUUCAUUGUGUUCGCCAUAUUGUUUGCUCGACCCCUGCCGUUCUUUUCAAAUCUAGUCGCCAAACACGUUGUUCUAAAAGCAAAAGAUGCAGCAAGAAUAGCUCUCACAUUGGAAAAUGUGACAAAAAUAGGGUUUUUCAUGAAUACUGGCAGAAAUCCGCUGUCUACAAAGUGAAAAACCAGCAAAGUCGUUUGGCAAAGGACGUUGAAAAUGUCGAAGCAAAGAAGGCGGAAAUUGAACUUGCCGAACAACAACUUGAAGGAAAGCAAGAUGAAAUGAAAAAUUUCCUUACGGCAGCAGAGGAAAAAGUAGCCGUUGCCAGUAAGUACCACUUUGUUUUGUAAUACAUAAAUUUAUCUGUUAAAAUAAAUAGUUUUUGAUAUACUAUAAAAACGUUUUGUUUGCAUGCAUCAUUGUGUGGGUAUUUCCUGUUGACUGGCCAUGGGACUAAGGCUAGCUAGCUAUAAUUACUAAAUUUUGCUGCAAUGGACAGUGGGGUUUUCUCAGACAACAGGUAGACCAUAUUCGCCAUUGUCAACAAGACAAUCCUGCACUUUAAUGCAUGAGUCAAUUCCUGCAGUGACCACCCCCCCACCCCCCGGACAUCCCCGGGAAUUCACCUGAUACACAGUUCACAGGGGUCAGGAAUUUGUCCUUCAUAUAUGUGCAUGGGGGCCGGGUAUUGUUAUAGUCGCUAAGGACCCUGUGGAUUUGAAAAAUGGUUGCCCAGAAUCCCACCUAGCCAAAUCCCAGAUUUUCACGUCUUGAUACAACGGCUGUAUUUCAAGCCGAAACAAGUGCAACUUCAAACUGGGUUCAGGAGAACUUUUCCCAACUAUAAAACCCAUGUCUUCAACUUGUAAGACUGUAUUAAAUUCAUAUGAUUAAUAAUGCACAACGAAUUAUCUUUACUACCAUUUAUUUGAAGGAGUUUGUUUUGUUUGCUAAUUAGCCUGAUAACAGACCUGCGUUUCACCCGCCCUAAAAUUUGUCGACGGAAAGGGUGAAACGUAGGUCUGAUGAAAAUGUUGUCAAAAGUGCCUUCCGCCCACUUUGCAUUUUGCAAUAAUUAACGAUGAUGAUUGAAACAUACAUAUAAUACCUAAAAAUACAAUGAAAGUUGUCGAGUUCACUUUAUUGCAAGUUUGUAAACUACUAAGAGUCGAUAAGUACAGAUAUUUGAAUAAAUAUUUAAAAUAUUGGUAACCCCAUGGAGCCUGUUGCGUGUAAUAAUACAAUGUUCAUUUUCAACACAUUCUAUAAAUGCGAUAAAACCUGCCUAUGCAAAUUUGGCAAUGGCCAAUGUGCCAUUGUUGAAUUGCAUCCCAACUCUUACAAUUUAUACAUUUGAAAUCGCCAUACAAUGGUAAAAUCUAAAUAAAAUCUUUUGUACGUGCUGCCUAUGUUAUCAAAAUGUAAAUCAUGAAUGCGCACAUAUUUGUACCCGAGUUUUAUUAUGAUUAAUCACAAAACUUAGAUCGUGUAUAAAAAAUUUAUAUAUAUUGUAUUGUUUAUUACAAUGGAAAGAUACAACGCUGAAGAAUUCGACACGUACUGCUCUACUCCCCUCUAGUUUUAAUUUUAGACGGUAGAUACUGAUCAUAGACUAGUUGUCGUUCAUCAUCACAAAAUAUUUAUAAUAUUACACUGUAUGCAUAUUUAUAUGCAUUGAUUUACCGUUGAAAAUAUUCUGAUCUCUUCAAAUCUUUUCAUGUUAGCGACCAACAAAUCACAAUCCAUUUCCCUGUGAAUUAGCCAAUCAGCUUUGUCGACCGCCUGGAAUUACAUGCACUUUUGACAACAUUUUCAUCAGACCUACGUUUUUGCCCUUCGUCGACCCGCGAAUUUUAGGGCGGACAAAACGUAGGUCUGUUAUCAGGCUAUUUGGUAAUUGGUGUUCCUUCCUGAGUAAUGCCUCCAAGCCCCCUCCCUUGAAGGGCUUGAUUUAAAAUUUUCUAGCUUUUUGCUUUGUCUUAAUGGCAUAUGAUUUUAUACUUUCUAAAUGUAAAGUGUUGCCUGUUAAUUGGUUAAAUUAAUCAAACUAUCUGCCAAUUGAACAAGUUAAACGUUUGUCACAAAUGUACACCCAUGCACCGUAGGGCCAGAUCGUUUGAUUCUAACACAAUAGACUGCAAUAUCCCAUACAAUAACCUGGCGGUAUUGAAAAUUGCAUAUUAUUUUAGUCCAUACAUCUUGAUGACCAUUGGUCAGUCCUUCUCGUACUUCUCUUUUUAAAAAAUGCACAUCUAUAUUAUCAUGGAUAAUAAAAUAAAUGGAUACGGUAGGACUCUAGCUGACGUAAGCAAAAACAACUUAGUUGCAAUCUGUGACGUCACACGUAUUGCAAAGUUGUCGGCAUUUUUGUUGUUUCGCUAUAUUUUCCGCUUUAAAAGAGUAAUAUUGAAGCAUAAACUGGUCUAAUUGUUUUAAAAACAUGCCUAAGCCACGACAAAGUAUUCAAGGUAAAUGUUUUUCGUCUUUGUUUUGUAUUUUUUUACAUUUGUAGCUACGAAAUUGGCGUCCUCAAUUUUAACGAAAUUUGCGAUGAAUUUUUCACUGUUUAGUGCUUGAAAUAUUUGCCAAAAUUGACUGGGAAUACUUAGAGAUUUCAUCGUAGAAUGGCAGAGUCAUAUUUAUUUGCCCUUUGACUAAAAUGUUUAGCUGUAUUAUUGCUAAACAUGCCGUUUUUGAGAAUUUGGUUUGCAACCAGGUUUCAACAUCCAACCACGCCAUCAGCCCAUUAAAAACAUUAGGUCACGUCAGCUAGUUUCCUAUCUAUUUAUUUUAUUAUCCAUGAUAUUAUCUUGCAACUAAAUUGAAUCUGAAUUAUAUAAUGUAAUAUUUACUUUUACAGGAUCUAAUUUAGAUAAGUUGGUUAGUGAACGCGAACAGACAGCAGAGAAGUUGAGUGUCGAAGAACAAAAGAUUAAGGAAAUCUCGAAACAGUAUGAGAAACUUAAAACUCUGCUUAAUCAAAAAACCCAAUCUCGAACACGUAGACUAAACACCAGCACUACUUUGGAUACCAUCAACAACCCUAAUUCUGGAGUACGCUACUGAAGACGAGGAGAAACCAAAAAUGUCCUUGAGUUCAUCCAUGGUGGUGAAAAUGGAGCAUUGCUUGGUGCGUGGGACUUUGUGUCAGCAGAAGCACCAAAGGCUAUGAUGGAAAACCUCAUUGGUAACUAUAGGAGAGGAAAGUAUGUGGAAGGGAUAGUAAGAAAAACAGUGAAAGAUUAUACACAAUCUAAAAACACAUUGUCGGAAGCUAUAAAUCUUAAAUAUACUAAUUUUUUAUCCCGUAGAAAAUUUAAUGUCCUUUGUAAAACUCAAUCAUCUGUUUUUGAUCCAAAUAAGAAUGUGUGGGUGCCAAGGAAUGUUAAGUGUAUGGGUAUUGACAUUCAACUCUAGCUUUCCCAUAUAUCUAAUGAAAGUAUUGAGAAAUUCGUCAAAACCCUAGAUAUUGGUUGUGUUUGUCAAAUUCCUGAUGUACCUGGUGUCACUAGGACAAUUACAGGCCUCGUAUUUAUGAUAAUGGACCUUCAUUUAAGACUUCCUCACCUCUGCCAGCAGCUUGUCUGGUUUCAUGGUAAUGCUAACCACUUUGUUUUCCAAUUCUCAGAUGAUGGAGCUCCUGAAACCUCUCAGCUUUCUAUGUCUAUUGGCAGUGUAACUUUUUGGAACUUAGGCGAAAGGGUGAGAAGUAGAGAAUAUCAGUAUCUUUUACAUUGUGUAAGUCUAGGUGAGAAGCAUGAAGCUCUUCAAUCUCUUUGGCAUCAGCAUACUCAGGAGAUGCUGUUGUUAGAAGCAAGUGUUUUCACUGUGUCAGGUAAAGAGUGGAAUAUUGAGUUUCAACCAAGUGCUGAUAUGAGUUGGCAGAGUUGGGCCUGUAACGAAGUUAACCAGGCAGCCACUUAUCCUUCACCAUAUGCCAAUGUUCACAAGGGCAAUAUGUGCUCAAUGGGUGGGAGUAUUGGGCAAAGUGAUGUAGAUUUGUGGAAGCCUUAUACUAUGACAGAGCGUGAGAAACAUCUAGGUAUGGUUGACACAUACCUUGCCAGCCUACCCAAAAGUUUAAGUUCACCAACAGUGCAUAGCAAGAAGUUGGCAUUUAUGGCUGAUAACGGGAUACGCCAGUUAGGAAAACCCAGAAUUGGGAUUUUCGCUGACCGGGUUAAACCUGACCCCUUGCACUGUGAGAUAAAUGCCUGGCAGCACAUCCUUGAUUUACUUUAUUCUGAAUCACUUCUACGAUGCUGCUUUGAAAAGUUUAUUGAGACAUUAUCAGCCCCCAUUGGACCGAGUGGUCAAAAUUCUCUCAUUGAGGAAUCAUCUGAAAAUCAUGCCACUCCUAAAAGGGCUGUUGACCUCAUAGGGGAGGGUGUUGAUAGUGCUCUUGAAUCCACAGGCACUGAUGUAUUAAUAGAAGUUUUGCAGAAGAAGAGAUUGGAGUGAGUUGCCAAAACUCAAGCCUUUCGCCAGAUAUGCUUAGACACUUUACUGUCUGGGAGUUGAGCAAAGAUGCUGCCUCUGACAACAUGACGGCAAUGCUGGAGACUUCAAGAUUUGCCUCUUCGGAUAACCUUUCUAAUUGUGUGCACGGAUGUGGUCUGGCAUUGCUCUCGACCAAGGUGAAAGAACAUUACGCAGAUGAGGCUAAGCGGUUGAAUAAACUCAGUGUUAGGCUUAUUGGAGCACAAGCUAUUGCCCUGGCAAGGUAUUCUUACCGAAUUGUUGACUCCUUGCAAACAGCAAAUGAAACUGAAGGUGAAAAAUUACGACGACUAGCUCUUGGAAAGAUAGUGCAGUACUUGAGAAAUGCUGGAGGAUUGUUUAACAAAGUUUAUGUUAACAUUCCGGGAGAGAUUUCUCAAUUAAAUGAAUUCUGUACACUUUAUUUCAACUUGUUGGUGCUAUUCUUUCCACACAGUGUGAAUGUGACUGUUUGGACAGUUGCUUAUGCUUUGCCUUACCAUGCAAAGCAGUUGUAUGAAAAGUAUGGAGUUGGGUAUGGUAUGCUCUCAUUACAGGCCAAAGAGUCAAAACAUGCUGGACUAAAGGGUGAACUUUCUAUGACAAAUCGGUCUCGUAGCACUGAUAAGAAUGGAAAGUGGUGGCAAUUAAUGAGAUCAAAUUACAUCAGAUCUUUCUAUUUGCCUGAGCACCAUCCUUCUCCGCCCUCAUAGAACUCACAUUUUAAAUCCCGUAAACCCCCUCAUUGUGACAUACCAAGAUUCUGUAUUGUGGAAGAGAGAAAGAUGAUAUAAACCACACAGAAUGCAAAUUCUGUUGUGAGUGUGCCAUUGUUGUCACAUGUGCUCAAGAGCAAAUGCUUUUGCCUAAGGUUGUUGCUGUUCUAAAGCCCUGUCUAUGUACUGUGUGCGACAAAAGGUUUGCUGACAAGGCAGGGUUGAAGGUGCACCAAGACACCAUGCAUGGUUCACAAUCUUCCACGUUGGUGAAUCCUCAGCAGUCAUUGCGAACUUUGUCUGUAGAUCAACUUAAAUGCCUUUUGCGGGAAAAGGGCCUUUCUGUUUCUGGCAAGAAAAGUAUUCUGUUGACACGCCUGGAAAGCGAACACGCGGGAGAGUUUUAGUUGUCUUACUUAAUUCCUUGUACUGUAAUGCAGGUUUCUGUAAUUGUGUUGUUUUGGGUGAAGCUUGUUUUUGAUGUAUGCUUGUGAAGGAUACUUUUGGUUUCUGCAAACUUAGGUUG